GGGUACGUGAAUGUAGUAGUUAGAUUAUGAAUUAAUUUGUUCUAAUAAGUAUCUACGGAAACUGGAUCAUUAAUUCGUAAGUUGAACGCAUCCAUAAGUACAAAACCUUAUUUCAUUCAUUCAUGUACACGACUUGUUAGCCCGAAAGAAGUGCGAAAUUCAAUUUAGUUUAUAAAUUAAGGGAUUUGAUUAGUUAAAAUCCCUUCCAGUCUACCAACUAAACAAUGACAGACGUUGCGAAAAAGGUGCAGGAUUACAAGGAUUCGCUGAAGCAGAAAGCGGAACAUUUAAUUAUAAAAGGAUUCCCGGAGAAAAUAGUAAAGCUAAAUGAACUUCUAGACACAUCAAAUUUCCAAAAUCGUGACUUGUCCGAUGUGCACCAGGAUUUAAACAUUCCAAUACCCCCACCAGCAUCGGUAAGCAAUGAACCCAAUGCAAAGCGUCAACGAUUGGAAUCAUCAGAAGUGUCAAGCAACACAACUAUAGAGGGGACACGCGUUUAUGUACUGCCGAAUGGUACAGUACCAUGUAACAAGCCACUAAGUGACCUCAUACAUCUCGUCAAACCACAUAUUAGGGAACUUGUUGAAGAUUCUAAUUUGCUGAAAAUGUGGAUCUCAUUCAUGAUUCCAAAAAUUGAAGACGGCAACAAUUUCGGUGUAUCAAUACAAGAGGACACGCUGGCCGAGAUCCAGUCGGUGGAGUCAGAAGCGGCUGCGUUUUUCGAUCAAAUCUCACGAUACUUCAUCUCGAGGGCGAAGAUUGUGUCCAAAGUCGCUAAAUAUCCACACAUUGACGACUACAGGAGAGCUGUAAGAGAAUUGGACGAAAAAGAAUAUCUUUCACUGUGGUUGGUGAUGUGCGAGAUCCGCAACCGCUACUGCUCGCUCCACGACGUCGUCAUCAAGAACCUCGAGAAGAUCAAGAAGCCGCGCUCCUCCAACGCGGAGUCUCUAUACUAGGCACCCUAGGCGCUAACAAUCUCAAUUACACCUAUAGUCACCAGCAGUAAGAAUAACUCCUUGUGAAUUUAAGGGUAAUGUUUAAAGCAAUCUUAUUUUUUAUUCACUAGACUGCUAUGUGAACCGGGUGGGCGUAGUACAACUAGCAAAUAACUUAAAAAAAAUAGUAAAAGUAACAAUUAAAACCAGUAAAAUAUUGUAAAACGUUUGCUACGCACACCCGGAGCGUUUCAUUGUGUGACGAGCACAAAGGUGCAAGCCCUUGUGGCUGUCGUAAAUUUUAUACCUGUGUAUGAAUGUAUUGCUCUAGACGUAAGUUAGUUGUAUUUAAAGCGUGUGGAUGCGUGGUUUCCAAUCAAUAUUGUACGUUUAUCGUUCUACAAGACAGUAUACUGAGCCCUUUCAUGUGUCACUUCUAGUUUUUUCUUUCGUUUUAGAUACGUUCAUAACUUAGGUGCUAGUAUAAUUUAUCUAGUGAGUAAAAAAUAAAUAAUAGUUGUUUCCGAAUCGUAUUGCAGUGUUAUACCAAGCAUAUGAAGAUAUAUACUAUGAGACUGAGUAUAUUAAUUUCUACUUGUUCCUGACGUAGAUAUCGGAUAUGGCGGCAUCGUGUAUUUUGACGAUACGUGGAAUUGAGAAAAGUAGAAAUCCACUUGUUAUGACACUACAAUGUGAUUUGGCGCCGGUCAGUGAUUCCAAAACAUUUCUAGUUUUAAAUUAAGCGCAAAAUACCACGUUGUUCUAAAUACAUUGUUACUUAAAUAACUUUUAAGUUAUAGGUACCUUAGAGAAAUUUCAGUUAAUGCCAGAUAAGAUACAAUCCUAAACGUGAUACGAUUGGCUUAUAGUCAAUAUAAUUAAUUUAAUAUGUAUCCAAUGUGAAAAUAAAUAAAA